AUGGCUGAUUAUGAUGAUGAUAUGAUUGAUAUCUUAUAUGUGCGACACAUUUACCUAGGUGUGGAACAGGGAGUUAGAGUUUCAGCACAGCGGUGGGCAGACCAAUGCGUUAAACAUAACGUUCCAGAUAUUCAAGACACUUGUCGAGAUUUGGGUAAAGUGACUGUCGGGCAAAAUAUUGCGACCAUACAUGGAAAUUCUCCUGGAUUAACUCCACUGGCCCUCGUCGAUGUAUGGUACAUGGAAUUAUUAAAUAUAAAUUCCUCAAUACUAUCACGAUACGUGCCGUCGUCGGAUACGGGGCAUUCCCAUUACGAUUACUUUACUCAACUCAUGUGGGAGGAAACAAAUGAAGUUGGUUGCGGUGGAGUUACAUUUAAAGAACGUCUUGAAGAUGCAAGUACGAAAUACAGGAUAAUAUACAGACUGGUAUGCAACUUUGCACCAGCAGGUAAUUUUCGAAAUAGAUCAGUUUAUUCUACCGGUGUACCUUGCUCUAGAUGUCCUUUCGAUGGUAUUUGCGAUCCAAUACACAAAGCGUUAUGCUAUAAUAAUCCCGCAGUUGUAAAUAAAGAUGAUAGUGUAGUUUCCACUGAUUCCGACAUCUUAAUGGGACAUGCAACUCAACAAAUUGAAAUAUUCAAAAAAACUAAUGUUAUAGAUACUGUAACGGAAUAUAGUAGCGAUAGUACAGAAUUUACCGAAAAAUCUACUUCUGUCAAUGCAGUACCAAAGGAAACAUUUACGCCAUUUGAUUAUUUCUCUCAUUUGUAUGAUUAUAGAAGACAUAUGAUCACUUCAUGCACAAAACAUAAUUUGUGUAAAGAUGUGAUUAUGGAUGAUUUCGUGGAAUUAUUGAAGAAAAAAUUAAGCAACGACCCUUUACUUAAAGAUUUAUUAACCACUACCACAUCAUCAGCUUUAAGUACUUAUUCAGAUGGUACGUUUAGUGAUAUUGGCGUGGCAGCAUUUGUUAAUAAAGUAUACAGUAAAAAAACAUCCCCUAAAUCAAGAAAAACUACUUCAAGUGAUUGUGUGAAUUCAACUUUUUUAGUUGAUUUAAUUGAAGCUGUAAUCUUCAGAAAUGGUGACAGAGUUUCGGCGUCUGAGGAGUACAAUACAAAUUCUCAGACUUUGCCUUCAGUUAAAUCAGUUAAGGUGCAAGCUGAAUUAGCGGAGGCCAAGCAAAAUGAUGAUUUUACUGGACAUUAUUUUUUUCCCGAAGAAGACGAAGACAGUAACACAGAAACUACAGAAACAUACUACGAUGACGUUAAUUUGCCUGUGUCAGACUUGGUAUUGGAUGAUUUAAAAAUGAGUACAAUAACGAAUGACUUUUUGGAAGAUAUUCUUGAAUCCGAUAUCAUAGUUGAAAGUACGACUACAUUUGUUUCACUAUCACCAGAUAAUAUAAACCUCUACAAAAGUGGUCAUGGUGUGAUGAAAAAGUUUUUACAAAACAUUGUUGAUAAGCCUCGCCCGUCCCAAAAUAAUGAACAAAUCUUUGUAGACUGA